AUGGACGCACCCGCCGCUGAGGCGGCCCUCGGUGGACUCGGCCGGGUGGUGGCCCUCGGUGUGGUGCCACGUCUGCUGAGCUUCGCUCUCAACCAGCUGGUCCUCUCGCGGCGCAGCUCGCCGGACCUCUUCGGCCAGGUGGUGAAGCUCGACUUGCUGGUGGCCACCUCGCUGUUUCUCAUGCGCGAGUGCUUCCGCGUGAGCUUGACGCGGCGCUUUGCGUCAGGCCGCGAUGCCGGCACCGCCCCGGUGGCCGAGCUUCCGGCCGUGGUCCGAACCGCGGCCCUGUCCCUUCCGAUCACCGGGGCGGUGUUCUUCCUUUUUGCGGCCAUCUAUGCGCCGUUCGGCUCGAGUGCCUGUCCAAGUGGCGCGGUCAGCUGGCUGCUACUGGGGAUGUACCUCCUGGCGGCGCUGGUCGAGGCGGCCUGCGUGCUGCAAUAUGCCCUGGCGCUCUUCCUGGCGGCCCAAAUGCCGGCCGACGCACCGGGGCCCCCUCCGGUGGAAGUGGCCGCCACAGCCGAGGCCGGGGCGUCGCUCGGCCGGGCGGUGUGCCUGCUCCUGACGCUGGUGGCCGCUGGCGGCCGGCUUGCCAACGGCCCGGACACCUCCGCUGACCGGCUGCUGCCGUUCGCCGUGGCGCAGCUGGCCUCCGCCGGGCUCCUCUGGUGGGCCUGGGCUCGGGCCAAUGAUCGGGCCCUGGCCGCCGUCGCUAGCCAGCCGGGCUGUGGUCUCCCGGGGGGCAGGUCGAGCGCCCUGCUGUGGGGGCUUCUGACCGGCCGUGCGGGCCCCCCCGGCCGGCUAGGACCCCGGCUGGAUGCCGACCUGCUGGGCGACUCGCUGGCCUUUGGCCAAAGUGCCGCCAUCAAGUACCUUCUGUCGGAGGGCGAUCGCCUGGUGGCCGGGUGGCUGGUCCCGGCGUCGGCUCUCGGCACCUUCGGCAUGGUUUAUGCGUAUGGCGGCCUCAUCUUGCGCUUUGUGUAUGCCCCCCUGGAGGAGGGCGCGCGACAGGUGUUUGGCCAGGCGGCCCAGGCCGGGGCCCGGUCGCCGGCCGACCGGUGGCGCCUGUCGAUGGACCUCUUCCACUCGACGCUCAGGCUCUCGCUGCUGAUCGGAUCCUGCGUCGCGGUGUUCGGCUGGAUGUGCUCCCGGUCGUUGACCCUCUUGGUUUUCAAUCGGGCGUGGUCCAGCGGCGCCGGGGGGCCUGGCGGCCGGUGGACCCCGGCCAUCGGGCCCCUGUGCGGCCUGGGCUCGGCCGGGCUGCCAGGGCUCCUGGCACAGAGCCCGGCCGGCUGGUUCGGUCUCGGCAAUGGCCCCGGGAGCGCCUUUGCCCCCUCGGCCCUGGGCAUUUCGCUGGGCGUCUAUGCCCUGUCGAUCCUGGUGAUGGGUGUCAAUGGGAUUGUCGAGGCCUUUGUGACAUCGACCGCGCCGCGGCCCGUCCUCCGGUCUCACCUGAAGGCCAGCACGUUCGUGUCGCUGCUUUACAUGGGCACCGCGGCGGCCGGGCUGGUCCUGGUGCCGGGCGCGCGCGCGCCCUGGCUGCGGGCCUGGCUGGCCCGCGUGCCGCCGGAUGCCGUGUAUGUGGUUCUACUGGUCGCCGCCAAUGGGGUGGCCAUGGCCCUGCGCGUGGCGGCCGGCUGGUGGUGCAUUGCCCGAUGCCGGCCGCCGGGGGCCGGGCACGGGCCCACCUGGCGCGCCUGUGUCCCCCGGUGGAGCACCCUCGUCGGGCUGGCUGCGGCCGGGUGGCUGCUGGCGCGCGCCGAGCAGGCAGCCUAUGGACCUUACCUGGCUGGGGCUUUCACCGUGCGGCCGGCUCUUCUGCACCUGGGCGCGGCUGGGGCCAUUGGCUUGAGCCUGCUGGCCGUCAUUGCCGGCGGCGAGCCGGAGUUCCGCCAGUUUUUGUCCCGUCUGGCACGGCGCCGGCCGACCGCGGGCUAGCCGCCUCUCCGGAUGACGGAGCCCAAAGCCGUGUGUGCAUCGAGUCUGCGAUUGGCUGCUUCUGCCCCUCUCUGUAUGUGUGUAGAAUGAAGCAAGACACAUUGACUGGCGGUCUGUGUCGCGGGAGAGA